AUGGCUUCUCUUGGCUUGAAGGGGUCCGCGAUUGUCACCGGCGCAGGAGGUGCCUUGGGUCGCGCCAUAGUGCUCGGCCUUGCUCGACACGGUGUGACCAAGGUCGCAGGCAUUGACGUGAACAGCAGCGCUCUAGACGAAACCAAAACCAAGCUGGCCACAGAAUUUCCCAGGGUGCAGUUCCUCUCCGUCGAAGCUGAUGUAUCGUCAGAACAGUCCACCUCGCAGGCCAUCUCCAGCAUUAUCCGCGAGUUUGGUCGGAUUGACUACGCCGUCAACAACGCCGGGAUAGGACAGAAGCUAGCGCCGUCGGGAAACACUUCGAUACAGGAAUUUGAAAAGGUCAUGAACGUGAACUUUCGGGGACUAUGGCUGUGCGAAAAGUUGGAGCUGUCACAGAUGGAAAAGCAGGAACCACGCGUCGUGAACCCGUUGAACCCGUCCGUCAUGGAGCGAGGGUGCAUCGUCAACAUCUCGUCUGUGCUGGGCUUUAUGGCAAUGCCGCAUCUCGGGGUUUACAAUUCCUCCAAGCACGCAACUCUGGGACUCACCAGGACCGACGCUAUCGACUAUGCCAAGAAAGGCAUCAGAGUCAAUGCCAUCGCGCCAGGCUUCAUUGAUACACCGCUGCUGACGGAGGCGACGAGGUUGGCGCUGAAACCGACGAUAGAUAGGAUACCACAGAGAAGGCUGGCAUCUCCCGAAGAAGUUGCCGAUGCCGUGUGCUUCAUGGUGAGUGGCAUGGCCAGCCACGUCACUGGUGUCACACUUCCCGUAGAUGGCGGGUUCACGGCGACGUAG